AGAAAGGAUCUUCCGAUCUGAAGAUGCAAAAGAUCUGUCUCGCUAAGGAUCCACGAAGACUGUGAUCCACUAAUUUUUGGAGGUAAUCCGAUAAAACUGGACCUUUUCUAAGUAUUGCACGGUGUAUUUUCUAAAUGAUCAAAACUUCCACCACGAGAAACUGUUCAAUUUUUUUCCAGUGACCAAAAAGGCAAAAAAAAAAAAUAUCGAAGACCCUAGUCGCCUCGUUUAGUUGCUUUCAGAAAGGCUCGAACUACGUUGAUAGCGGAUAAUUCCCAGGCAACAUGGGUAGCAACUUCUAAGUAAGUGAGAAGACGAUUUAUUUUUUGCCAAGACUUCUUCUCUCCCAAUCAGCGAAAAGGAAAAAUGCUUCCCAACCACGAGCAAGAGAGGAAGGUCGUCGUCGACGCGGGCGCGGCCAUCAAAUUGCAACGGAUCGAGCAGUUUGGUUCGGAGUUUUUUACCACAGAAGAAGUACACAACGAGAUCAAGGACACGCAGGCUCGGAGACAUCUGCAAACUUUGCCGUUCGAACUGCAGCAGAAACAGCCUUUCAAGGACGACUAUUUAUUCGUAUUUGAUAUUUUGCGCUGUGUGCUGCUGUUUCCAGCUCAUUAUUGAUGUUGUUGCAUACCAGAAUCUUUACACAACAUGUACAUGCAGCUUGUGGUCGCGAUUUUAAUAUUUCUACAGCAAUGACAUGAAAAUUUCUAAACGUUAUUCACAUUUUUUCGAACCAAAUAGUACAUCUCGUUCUUCUACUUCCCAGGUGAAGAAGUUUGCCACCGCGACGGGUGAUGUGGGUUUCUUGUCGCAGAACGAUAUGGGGCUGCUGGCGCUCGCGGUACGGUUGCACCGGGAAUCCGGAAGCGAGAUUCAGCUUCGGGACGAGCCGGAGAUGGCGCAGGUGAGCAACCGAAGGGUGGCGUUCUCCUGGGCGCCGAGCGAGCAGCAUUUCCGCAGCAACCCGCGGCUGAACAGUGUAGAAGGUGGAACUACCGGAUUUAGUUGUUCCAGCUCUUUGUUGGACUCGACAACGGAGGUCGAUGGGGAAGAGGAUCAUGAUGACCGGUUCGACGACGAGGAGCCCGCGUUGUCAGAAAUUGACGAGGAGGGGCGGGACGAGGACUCUGCGUCCGCCAGCCGGCCCUCUGAAGUUGCCGUGCCGGCGGAGGGCGAGGACGAGAGGGAAGAUGACCUCAACAAGAAACCGCAACAAGAGCAGGCGUUUGCGGAUGAUGAGGAACAAGAGAACAAGGCGAAUGAAAGAGUAGAAGACAGCAGCGAAACCUUGCUCGGGGUCCCACCAGCGAGGACAGACGACGCCACCGAAGCGACGCCUGCACCGAAACCAACACCACCGCCUAGUUCUACCCCCGCCGCGCCGCAGAAGCCGCUCUCCUGGGCGCAGCGGGCCGCCGCGGCAAGGGACAUCGUAGCCCCGGCAGUGCUGGACAACGAUCCGCAGAACAAGGCGGGUACAAAAACUCGGGUGUUUGUGACGCCCGAGGUGGUGAAGGAGGAAGAGCCUGAAGAGAAUAAGCUGCCAAUGAAGUUGCUGUGUGCGUCAGAAGAAGAACCACGCUCAACACCUUCGGUACUACUAUCGACCGAUGGCAAAGACCAAGACGAAGACCAAAAAGUAACCAUCAAGCCGAAAAUCGAGGAGGGCAAAUCGCGGAUUCUGACCACGGGCGCUGGCGUGCAGGAUUUCAUUAUCAAUCCUGAUGAGGAAUCGUCCGACUCGGAUGACGAUUGGAACAGUGGCUGGGUCACCUCAGAGAACAUCAACCGACUCCAGAAUACGGUGGACGCCAACCACAAAACGGCAAACACAUUGGACUCGCCGAUCUCGGUGCUUUCCGCCGAUUACUCCGUGCAAAACGUGGCGAUUCAGAUGGGCCUGCAAGUAGUCUCGCUCGACGGACUGCGGAUCCGGAGCGUCAAGCUGUGGGGUAUGGAAUUUGUUUUUGAACAUAAUUUCUUGAAUAGUUUUGUCUGAAAGAAUGCACACUCUUAUAUAUAGUUCAACCGGCUUAACUUACGGCACAAGCAGGCUGCUAAAGAAGUCCCAGAAACAUUCUUUUUCUACUUAGCGGAAUAAAUAUCGUCGUGCCAACAUUUAUCUUCACAGGUAAGAUCUGCCGCGGUUGCUUUGCGACGACGCGGGACACGACAAAAAUGUACUGUCCGAAGUGCGGCAACCCGACCCUGGACCGGUGUCCGUACACUUUGGACGCCGAGGGACGGGUGGUGAUGCACGACAACAGGCGGAGAAAACCGAACCUGCGCGGAACCGUUUACUCGAUCCCGAAGCGACGGGGCGGGAGAGGUAUACUAUAACUUAAGUGUGGGUUAUUUAACGUCGAGUUGAUGUGCUGGAUUUCCAUUCGACAAGAUGAUCGUGAUUUUUCUAUAGAGCUAGCGUGUGAUCGUGAUGGAAAUGAAAAAUCCGAAGCUGCUAUGAUGAACCCUUUUCAAUUCUCAUAAGGUGGUCUGAAAAACAGAUUCUGUUCUCGAAUCGCCUUGUGUAGAACCUUCGUCUGCAAUUCUGACAUGCUGCACAAAUGUUGUUUAAGUACAUGCAAAAAGAACUCUGCAGCCAUAUUUAUCAUCCCUUGUUUGUGUGCAAAAUUUUCGUUUGUGCCUCUACCUCGCAAUAAAGCGGUAGCCUCUGUUGCAGCAAAAGCUAUACGAAUCUUCAAACCUGUCUCGCAGCUGCCGACCUGCUCUUACGUGAGGACGAGCAAGUGAUGGGGGGUCGUGACCGGCAGAUCCGAUACGAACAGCGUUUGGCGGAAAAGCAGCAGCAGAAACGCGAAAAAGACGGGAUUGACAUUGUCGACGGGUGGUGCGCCCGGCACAUCACCGGGACGGGCAACGCCGUGAACCGGGGGCCGGGCAGCUUCAAGCACGGCUACGGGGGGAGAAGGAAUCCCAACGCGAACAAUUUCAAAACGCAGCGAUUUAAGAAGUGAUGGAAUUUCACUUCAUUUUAUUGCAAGUGACGUUUAUUUUGUGCUUGACGAUAAGAUGUGAUGUGAGGACAUGAAGCUUCUUCCAAACGCUUACCUAACUGACAACGACGCAACGAAAGAUUGAGCACCGG